AUGCUCGCUGCGGGCUCGGACAUGGCGGCGCCCAGCGCGGCGCUGAGGCGGAGGUGGCCGGGCGGCGCUGCUGAGGCUCCGGAGCGGGCUGAAGGGGCUGUGGCGCGGCCGGCGGGCAGCGAGGCCAGGCUGCCGCCGGGCACCUUCUGGCUGACCCGCAUCGUGCUGCUGCGAUCCAUAGCCCUGCUUUACUUUGUGGCUUUCCUGGUGGCAUAUCAUCAAAACAAGCAGCUAAUAGGAGAGAAGGGGCUGCUCCCUUGUAAACUGUACCUGCAGAAUGUCAAAAAGUAUUUCAAAGGGAAGAUAAACCUGGAUGCUCUGAGCUAUGCGCCAACAAUCAUCUGGUUUUUGGACUGGUCAGACAUGGACAGUACCUUGGACUACCUCUCCCUGCUUGGCUUGGCAACUUCAGCCUUUGUAUUGAUAACUGGAUGUGCAAACAUGGUCCUCAUGGCUGCCCUGUGGAUUCUCUACCUUUCUUUGGUCAAUGUUGGACAAAUCUGGUAUUCCUUUGGAUGGGAGUCACAGCUCCUAGAAACAGGGUUCCUGGGGAUAUUCCUCUGCCCGCUCUGGACCCUCUCCCGCCUGCCCCAGCACACUCCUCCUUCCAGCAUUGUCAUCUGGGGCUUUCGGUGGCUGAUUUUCAGGAUCAUGCUUGGAGCGGGUCUGAUUAAAAUUCGAGGAGAUCGCUGCUGGAGGGAGUUAACUUGUAUGGAUUAUCACUAUGAGACGCAGCCAGUGCCCAACCCCAUCGCCUACUUCAUGCAUCGCUCACCGUGGUGGUUUCAUCAGUUUGAGACUCUGGUCAAUCACUUCAUUGAGCUGGUGGUGCCAUUCUUUGUCUUCCUGGGACGACGGAUGUGCAUCAUACAUGGCCUUUUGCAGAUCCUCUUCCAGGUGCUCCUCAUCAUAAGUGGCAACCUGAGUUUUCUCAACUGGCUGACCAUCGUGCCCAGCAUCGCCUGCUUCGACGACGUUAGCCUGGGGUUCCUCUUCAGCUCCCGGCGCGGAGGGGUGAAAGAGCGGGUGGCACGGAUGCAGCUCCAAGAGCAGCAGCUUCCCCUGGGUUGCUAUGUCCGCAAAGUGGUGAACAUCUCCUUCAGCCUCCUGAUCGCUUAUCUCAGCAUCCCAGUUGUCCUAAACCUGCUCAACUCCAGACAAGUCAUGAACACCUCGUUCAACCCUCUCAGAAUAGUGAACACCUAUGGAGCUUUCGGAAGCAUUACCAAAGAGAGAACAGAAGUCAUUCUUCAGGGAACAUCCAGCCUGGAUCCCAAUGACCCUGCUGCUGUCUGGGAGGAGUAUGACUUCAAAUGCAAGCCCGGGGACUUGAAGAGGAGGCCGUGCUUUAUAAGCCCCUACCACUACCGCCUGGACUGGCUUAUGUGGUUCGCUGCCUUCCAGACUUACGAACAGAAUGAAUGGAUAAUCCACUUGGCUGGGAAGCUGCUGGCCCAGGAAGAGGAGACCUUGUCCUUGAUGGCAACAAACCCUUUUGCGGGCAGAGCUCCCCCACGGUGGAUCCGAGGAGAACACUUCAAGUACAAAUUCAGCCAACCUGGGGGCAAGCACGCCAGCGAGGGGAAGUGGUGGAUUCGGAAGAGGAUCGGCCCUUACUUCCCCCCCGUCAACCUCCAGGGCCUGAAGAAGUUUUAUGAAGACAGGAAUUGGCCAUAUCCUGUGCAGGGCUGAUGGAGGAGGAUGAGCAACACCAAGAGGGACUGGCUGGGGAAGAGGGAGAGCAGUCGGCUCCCUUACAAACUGUACAUCGUGCCUCUCUCUGUAUUUUUUGCCCCUAUCCUUAUUUGCACAUAUUUUACAGAAGGUUCCCAGCCAAGCUGCGCACCUACUCUCGUGGUCUGGUUUUUCUCAUCUUUCUUUACAUUCACCCUUCUCACCACAGCUAAUGCCUGGGUAGGUGUUGGUGCUGCUUUCCUUGACCCACUCUGUGAUGGCUGCAGAGGCCCAAGGAUAGACGGAAGUGGCUGGAAAACUGCCUGGAAGAAAAAGACCUGAGGGUGUUGAUCAGGGGGAAUUUGAACAUGAGCCAGCAGUGUGCCCAGGUGCCCAAGAAGGCCAAUGGCAUCCUGGCUUGCAUCAGAAAUAGUGUGACUAGCAGAACCAGGGCAGUGAUUGUCCCCCUGUACUUGGCCCUGGUGAAGUUGCACCUCGAGUGCUGAGUUCAGUGUUGGGCCCCUCACAACAAGAAAGACACUGAGGCUCUGGAGCGUAUCCAGAGAUGGGCAACAGAGCUGGGGAAGAGUCUGGGACACAAGUCUGAUGAGGAGCAGUUGCCCAGGGCCGCAUGGCAAGCUGGGGCUGGGCAGUGCCCCCAAGCUGGGGAAGCCACAGUGGGAUCUGACUGUGAAUUUCCCAUCCCUCCUGUUUGCUUUGGAUUCUCCCUUCAUCUCAGUGUGUUUAAAGUCACCCUAAAUUGUCCCACCACAUGACUUUUGCUUGGUGAGCACGAAUCAGAGAUGGGAGGGAAGGUGAGAGCCAGAACGUGGAUGGUGUAUGAAACAGCCAUCAACUUCCUGGGGUAGUUUAUAAUAAUCAAUUGCUUGUUAGCGCAUUCUGCUGCACACAUUGCUUCUUGCAGGGGUAAAAAAAAAGGAUCAAAGCAACCCGUGUAACGCAUAAAACCCCGUUGUGUCAGGCUUGCCUGCAGAAAGCCACAGGUUUACUGAGAAACCCAAAAUAGCUCCUUGCUGGAGCUGCCGUUUGGGCUCUGUGACUCAGCCCUGAGGACAAGCGCGGCCCUGUGCGGCCUCCCCAGCCCGUGUGCCAUCGCUGCCGAUGCUCGUGGGUCGCCCAGGCGGCAGCGGCCGGGUUGGAAAGGCGGCCGGAGUCAACAAGUCUGCCGCCAGCCCCACCGCGUUUAAACAGGGCUUGUUUGAAGGGGCCCUGGCCUGGCAGCGCAGACGCGCGGGGCCGCGCCUUCCUGUUUGCUUAACCUGGGAGUUUUAUAACUGGUGCUUUUUGUCGGCGGCCCCCGUCGGGGGCUGAAAUCCGCCCGGCUGGGGACGUGCUGGAGUCUGGUGCCGGAGGGGUCUGAGCCGAUGGUGUUCGGGAGGAGCUGAGCACCCCAUGGGCACAGGGCAGCCACACCACCAGGCAGGAGAGAGCAAGGAGAAGCACAGAAAGGGGCUUGCCAGCCUCUUCCCCCUGGGUUUUUGCAGUGGCGUUGGCCUUGGCCCCUGGAGAGGAAUUCCAGUGGCCAGAAAACUUACAAUAAGGCUUUCACUCUUCCAGAGUAAAUUCAGCCCUAGCCACGGGUGAAGGGAGGAGCGUUGCUGUGUGCAGGGCUCUGAAGCAGCUCAAGGCUCAGGGCAGAGCUAUCCUCCUUGAGGGCCACCAGCCUGGUCUAUGGGCACUGUGGGAGGGAGAAGUGAUGGCUACAUGUCUGCCUCCAUCCCUGCGCUCAUCUGGCUGAGCCAAAAUCCAACCAGUUGUGGUUUUGAAAGAAAAAUGGGUCCAAACUGGGAAAAGCAAACCAGCAGAUAAAGCUGGCACCAGCACGGGGCAGCACAGGCUGUGAGUGUGGGCACAGAAGUGCCAUUUUACCUGUUUCUUCCCCUUUUUUGAACACGUGCCAAAUGGGCCCCACCACGAGCAUAUUUCUGGGACGAGAUUAAAGCAAACAGCUCUUGAAUCACCCGGGGGAGCUUCACUCAUUUUUAUAUUCUUUCUAAAAGUCUUAAAAAGGGAAAACAGCAGCAGCCCUGAGAGGGUGCCCAGACUCCCUGAUACGGCUUGAGGGGGGUUGCUGCAUUUGAGAGGUGCCUGGUUUGACACUUGUGUGCAAGUGUCUGAUCACCGUCCCGGUGAGCUGGGACUGCCAGGCUGUGAGAGCUCAGCUCACCCUUCUCUCCUGUGCUGUGUUUGAUGGUGCAUUUGCAUGGGGCUCCCUCCUGUUUUGCAGUUGCUUUUCCUUUCUGGCUGCUCCAUCUCUGGCAAAUUCAGCUCAGAAUGGUCAGAGGCAGCAGGACGACCCUCACGUGGCCUCCUGCUCAUUGCUGCAGGAUCCUGGUGCGUGCCUACCUUUGCCAGGGCUGAGCCAGUGGUUGCCUGUUGG